AGAUCCAAGCCCCAGUGCCGAGGCCUCGCCCCCAACGGCUUCCACAACUCCAUCAUGGCCCCAGUGGAGAAGAGCUCCAGCCUUACCUGCAGCCUGCGGGAGCAGAAGCACUCGCAGUGGGAGUUCCCUGACUGGAUCCCAGUGGCACACAGGUGGACGUGUCUCUCUGACAGCGAGGCUGCCCCGUACCUGCCCGCAGAGGAGGAGUCUCCCCUGUUCUCCAUCCAGCGCGAGGGCAUCAAGGACGACGGUGCCUUGUACAGGCUGAACAGGUGUGCAGUGCAUCGCCACGCUGCAGGUGGGCUCCGUCCAGGCUGGUCACGCCCCUGAGUGUGGGCAGUGCUUCAGCCUCUCCUGGAUGCCUUCCAAGCCCCACCAUCACCUGGCAGCAGGCUUUUAUGAUGGCACCGUGGCAGUGUGGAACCUGCUCACCAAAUCCCUGCUGCAGUGCGUGCACCAGCCCGACGCCUCCCUCAAGCUCUACCCUUUCCGCUGCUUCCUGGCCCAUGACCAGGCAGUCCGGAGCAUUGAGUGGUGCAAGGCUGACAGCAACUUCCUGGUGACGGUGGGCAGCGACCGCAAGAUCAAGUUCUGGGACCUGCGGCGGCUCUACGAGCCCAUCAACAGCAUCAAGCGCUUCCUGAGCACCGAGGUGGCCUGGCUGCUGCCCUACAACGGCAUCACCGUGGCCCAGGACAACUGCUACGCCCCGUACGGGCUCUGUGGGAUCCACUACAUCGACGCGGGGUACCUGGGCUUCAAGGCCUAUUUUGUGGCCCCUCGCAAGGGCACCGUGUGGAGCAUCUCUGGCUCGGACUGGCUGAACACGGUGGCUGCAGGUGACAUCACCGGCGAGCUGGUGGCAGCCGUACUGCCUGACCUGGCUGUCAACCCCCUCAACGUCAAGCGCUCCUCGGACCGCAGAUUUCCCGUGUACAAAGCUGACCUGCUGCCGUGCAGCCCUGAGGGGCCCCAGGGCAGCGAGCAGGGCCUGCCCCGGACCCAUCGCUACAGUGAGAUGGCAGCCAGGAGCUACCUGCGCUUCCAGGACACCGACCUGGGGCCAGCUGUGCUGGCAUGGGGCUGUGGGCCCUCUCUGGUGGUGCUGCUUUCCUGAUGGGUGUCUGCUGCAGGGGGACAGCUGCUCCCAGCCGUUCCCUGGGGUGCUCUGGGCCUGGAAGGGUCUGUCUGCACCGUUUGGUCUGAGCUGGGCAGGGCUGAGCUGUGACCCUGUGCAGCCCCUGGGCUCCACCAGCUGGAGCUGUGCUUGUGCUCGCCUCCAUCCCCAGGGAGUGCCCAGUGAGGGCGGGGAGGGCCGGGAGCCGUGGAGUCGCUCACAUUGAGCUGUGUUCAGCUGUGCACAAUAAACGUGGUUGGUUUUGUA